AUGGCUCCCCCCAGUGUUCUUACCUUUGAUGCUGAGGGUCGUGCUGUUGACUUUGAGGUCUGGGUCGAUGACCUCCAGCUGUUCCUACAGUGCGAUAGGGCAGACGGACUCUCCCUGUUCGAUCUCACCUCUGGUGCCUUCCCUGCCCCGCCUGCUACUACUGACAGCACUGUUCGCUCACAGCGGGCCACAUGCGAUGCUGCUGCCCGUCUUGCUGUGCGUCGCCACUUACCGACCACUGAGCGUGCGCACUUUAGUCAGUACAAGAGUGCUAAGACCUUGUACGACGCUGUAGUUGCACGCUACUCUUCCCCUGCCACUGCUGCGCUGAGCCGCCUCAUGCUAACGUACCUCUUCCCUGACCUUGCUGCCUUUCCCACAAUCGCUGACCUCAUUACGCACCUCCGCACUAGUGACACUCGCUACCGCGCUGCGCUUCCUGCUGAGAACCACUUCCUCUCAGUUUGCCCCACCACACUCACCGCUGACCUCCUCGAGGAGCGCCUCCUAGCAGCAGAGAAGAGCAUAGUCGCUGUAGGAGCCUCUCGUGGUGACCCUUGCACCCCCGUCUUUGAGGGGUGUUCCCCUUCCCCCCUCUUGCCCUUUGUUGCUUCUGCUGGUGCGGCCGACCUCGUUGGUUUCGAGUCGGUCGGCGCUGCGUCUACCCCUAGCGGGAGACGCCGCACUGGCAAGGGCAAGAGGGGCAAGGGCGCUGGAGGGGCUGGCGGGGGCAGUGGAGGUGGUGGUGGAGGCAGUGGAGGGGGUGGGGGUGGUGGUGGGAGUGGUGGCGGGGGUGGAGGUGUCGGUGGCAGCCAUGGAGGCGGAGGAGGCGGCGGCGGUGGCGGAGGGAGCGGAGGCGGCGGAGGUGGCGGAUGCGGCGGAGGUGGCGGAGGCGGCGGCGGCAGCGGUGGAGCUGGUCGCGGCUCUGCGCAGAGGAGUGGGUCCGGUGGUGGUCCGCGCCAGCAGCAGCAGCGCAGUCGUGAGACCGUGUCCCCUCAGAAGCUUCGUAAGUGGUACGCUGCGCGUCAGCGCGGUGGGGGUACUGGUCCCUGCACCUACGUCCUCCGUACCGGCGACCGCGCUGGUGAGCAGUGCGGGGGCCCGCACUCCACCCAGCGCUGCUUCGGCCGCCUGACGGACGCCUGGCGUCACCAGUUCCCUGAGGCCUCUGAGAUCCCUCGCUGGGGAGAGCUGUCUAGGGCGGGGGUUGCUAUCUUUGAUCUUGAUUAUGAUGCUAUUCUUGCUGCCAUGUAUGCUGUGUCUGAUAGUGUUGAGGGUGGCUGUUACCUGUGUGUUCCGCCUGACCUGGGCAUUGAGGCUGCUGCUCUAGGUGCUGGUGAGGCUGCUACUCUAGGUGCUAGUGCGUCUGCUGCCCCUGGUGCUGGUGAGUCUGCUCUCUCAAGUACUACGUCCGCUCAGGCCUUACACACCUUCACCCUUGACUCGGGUGCUUCCCGCUCCUUCUUUCGAGACCGCACCACACUUACGCCGCUUAGUCGGCCGGUUGCGGUCUCCCUGGCAGACCCCUCUGGGGGAGCCACAUUGGCAUGGUAG